GCUAAAGUUUCGUUAUUUCACUACCCUUUUAUUUGAAUUUGAAUUUUAAAUUGGAUUCAGAAGAGUAGUUUUUUUGGGUCUGUGUACUGGGUUAGGCUUACGAUCUGCUCCGCCGUCUUCCGUUGCCGCCGGUGAAAAUGGACAACAUCUUCUCACAGCUCCCACAAGACAUAAUUCACCAGAUCUUCUCUCGAAUCUCACUCCGGCAAGUCAUCAUCUGCCGUUCCGUUUCCAAGAUCCUCAACUCCACCCUUUCCUCCCCUUCCUUCACCCAUCUCCUUGCCACCACUUCCCCUUUCCCUCUUCUCGCCCUCCGCCCUCCCCACCGCCACCACCACCUCUCUCCUUCGCCCCUCCUCCAUCUCUUCGAUCCCAUCCAAACUCAUUGGCUCCAUUUCUCUUUAUCUUUCCUCCCUUUCCCCUCCGCCCAUCCAAUCGCUUCCUCCCUCGGCCUCUUAUACCUCUGGGCUGACUCGCCUUCUUCCGAUUCCAAUAAAUCUCUUGUUGUUUGCAACCCUUUAACUCGACGAUACAAAACCCUCCCACAACUCGGUUCCGCCUGGUCACGACACGGUUCCGUCCUGGUCGGCUCAACCAACAACCGAGUCAUCGUUCUUAACGAACUCGCUGCCCUUUACUAUUCAAACUCAACCAAUACCUGGCUUAAAUUCUCAUCUAAUUUGCCAUCCAAACCCAGAAGUCCGAUUUUCGUUAACGACGCGAUCAUUGCCUUAUGCGAUGUCGGAUCGCCGUGGCGGAGCCAGUGGAAGCUUUUUACUUGUACCCUUCAAAACCUUCAAACAUCUCAACCAUGGAACACCCUUGAAAAACACGAAUGGGGAGAUGUUUUUGACAUCCUGAAACGUCCUCGUUUGUUGAAAGGAUUUGGGAAUACGAUUCUGAUGAUUGGGGGAUUGAAAUCAUCUUUCUCACUCAAUGCCUCAUGUUCCACCAUUUUGAUUCUUAGAUUGGAUUUGGGUACUCUGGAAUGGGGUGAAGCUGGUAGAAUGCCUGUUGAAAUGUUCAGAUGCUUCCAAGAAUCAAGCAAGUUUAAGGUAUUUGGAGGUGGGAAUAGGGUCUGUUUCUCUGCCAAGAGGAUUGGGAGAUUGGCAUUGUGGGAAUCAAAUGAGAGAGGGAAGGAAGAAUGGAGGUGGAUUGAUGGUGUUCCAGGCAAUGGAGACGGUUUGUAUCGAGGGUUCUUGUUCGAUGCUAGACUCGAUGCUUCGCCUUAAUGGAGGUCUGAUUUCCCUUUUAAGCUUUAGCUUUACUUGAAAGUUUUUGAGAUUAUUGACAUUGAUUGCACUUUAAUAAUAUUAUCACAUUAUAGC